CCACAGUUCCCAGAGUCCUACGCGUCCUCGCCGCCGCCGCUGAGACCAAGAUGGCCUCAAGACUCGCCACUUUCCUCAAGAAUGCUUGGGACAAGGAGCCGGUGCUGGUCGUGUCCUUCGCCAUCGCGGGCCUCGCUAUAAUUCUGCCCCCGCUCAGCCCCUACACCAAGUACGCUAUCAUGAUCAACAAGGCCACGCCCUACAACUACCCAGUGCCCGUCCGAGAUGAUGGGAACAUGCCUGACAUCCCCAGCCACCCCCAGGACCCCCAGGGCCCAAGCUUGGAAUGGCUGAAGAAACUGUGAACACCUCCAUCUACAGGGAGGAGGCUCCCCCUCCCCAUGACCCCCAAUAAAAAUGUGAAAACCAACCCCAGAACG